CAACGCGCCAGCGAGCCUUCUCCAUCCUCACAGCCUCACCACAGGCACACACAGGCUUCGCUCCACUGCCCUGAGUCUUCCUCACCAGACGCUGUCCAGUAUCACCUUUUCUCGGGUCUUGUGCUGGUCACAGAUCCUCGGAAACACCCUCAGAAAUUUUUCAAUCCUUCAUCUCUAUUCCAAAAGCUAGCCUGCUGAUGUCGCUGUCGUCGAAUCUUCCUACUUCUUUACUAGGCAUUUCAUCCAAUUUCCCCGUCAGCCCGAUGGCCCUCGCGCUAGCCUCCUUCAUGCGAUGAUCACUCCUUCACAUACGAGGCCACCCAUGCUACAGUAAUUGCAUAGUGCCGCGCGCAACAGCAUCUAUCACAAACACCCGCCUGCGAAGCAGACACCUUGUCGACUCCAUCUUCCUCUUCAUCUUGACACCAGCCAGGUCGUUUCCUGCUUGUCAGGAUGCAACCCAGCAGGAUGUUUCGACACGCUCUCCUCCUACAUAAACGAGACCCUCAGAGAUCCGAUCUCAGCGACCUUCCUUCAAGCAUUGGAAAUCCUACAGCGACCCUCCCUCAGUCGAUAGGACCCAGUGGCGUGACCGCAGACCCUUCAGCAACAGCACAAAUCGUCACUGCCGAAGCACCAUCAGGAUUCACCACCGUCACAGAGACUGAAUCUCUCGUCGAGUCCAUAACGAGCCUCAAUACUGUCUCGACAGUGGCCACAACAAAAACAAGAAUCAUUACAGACCAGUCCGAAUAUGCAUCCCUCACAUCAGCGGCGGCUCUCUCCGCAUCAACGAGUACCCGAGCUACUACCUCCAAAACCUCAGCGGCUGCAACCAGCAGCGCAGCUUCCGAGAAAUCCUCCUCCACAAACACUUCGACCCUUAUUCCGGCUAUCGUUGUACCUGUGGUCGUAGUGCUACUCGCUUCCCUAGGUAUAUUUUGGUUUCUUAUGCGGCGCAGACACAAGAGGGAGUUGGACAGUCAACCGGAGUUUGUCAUGGCCGGAAAAGGAGAAAAGCUGAGCAGCAGGUCCAACAGCGGCAGAUCUACCUCAUCCCUAGCCGAGUCAGAGAAGAAAUUGACGGCAAUCCAGUCGACGGAAAUCCCAUCUGUCAAGUCCCCUCCGAGCACUACCUCUGAGUGGCCAUCAUCACAAAUCGGCCUUGCUCGACCCCUGACUCCGCAAGGAACAAAGCCUGUCGUUGCAAGUAGACCAAUGGAACAAUCUAGACCAGGCACCGCACCUGCAGAACGCCAGUAUCGAAACUUCAGCGGUCCUGCACCAAGACCGACGACCUCUGGCCGGCCUGGACCACCGACUUCGACGAGAGAGCCUCCGCAACACCAACAGCAACAACGCAACAGAGGCUACAGUAACCCUGCUCAAAGGGGACCGCCGCCGCCGUCGAAAUCUGGGCCUAGUCCAACUCCCAGGGCUGUACGCACCCCCGAUCCGGUACGAGGUGGUCCCAGCCCUGUAUCACAACGUCCCAGUCCGACAAUGUCUUCUUCCCAGGGCGUUCGAAGCGAAUCGAAGGCAAAUGCAGCACCUCCUCCUUCUGCAUUCCGCUUGCGCGAUCCUUCUCCAAGCAUGAACCACAACGGACGCGCUCAAGCACCUCCACGGCUUGCGGCUCCCCCACCAGGGGCUUACAACGGUGCAUCUUCGAUCUCUCGAUACUCACCGAUCGUGAAGGAGACGCCUGGCAUUCCUGUAUCGAAAGCAUCCUCCGUGAAACGAGGACCUCCUCCACCUCUUCAGACUUCCAAUCUUGCCCGUCGUCAAGGGUCGAAGUCACCUCACUCCGCCAGUCCCGGGCUGACCGAAGAAAACAUGCGGAUCGCCCGGUUGGCAAACUCUUCGCGUUUGGGUGGUUACACUCCAGCCGAGCCCAGCCCGUCACCCAAGCUGCCUCCACCAGCCACUCGAUCACAACUAAUACCCCGUGAGAGUCCCAAAGGCAAGCCGGAGAACUACUUUGGCGGAAGCACAACCUCGGAGCCCCAGAGCCCAGCAGCAGUGUCAAUGUCACUGGACCCCCGUGCUGCUUCAGAUCGAGCCAGCAUCGUGUCCGACCCAGAUGAGUACGAAGACAUCGACGCCAAAUCAGAUAUCAGCAGUCUGAACGAGUUUGAGCGGUUUGACUUUGGCGCUGCAGCUGCUGGUGCCGGUAGUCGAGGCGGCAGUGCCGCAGGUCAAUCCUUGAACUAUUUUGCGUCUCAUAACAGUCCUGCCGGUGGUCGAGGAAGCCCCUUCGGCAACGAUGCGACCUACGAGCGUUGGUGAUGCCGGGGCUCGACCCUUUGCAACGCAGGCACCUCAUUAAUUUUUUAGCUGUGCUACAACCCGACUGCUGCCACCGGACAUCCCCCCGCGAUGCAACGACUAGCUAGCCUCACCGUCGUUACCCUGUUUCGAAUUUUUUUGUUUGGCAGUGAAAUGCAUUUUAGCAUGAAAAGGCAGAAUCGGUUGGUUCUAUGAUACCCCCAUAUUAAAGCCAUGCUCCUGAUUAGCUGGUUGGAAGCGAGUAAUGUCAACAAUGUCCACAAUGUCAAAAAGAUGUCAAAGCGAGGAAUAUCCACGUAUCGAUAUCGCCGGCAAGCGAGGAAUGAUUUCUAUAGAAAUUUAAUGAUAUGAGAUACCUCGACC